AUGAAGUCUGCAACGGUCGCCACGGCGUCUACGAUCGCGGUGGUACUGUUGUGCUCGGUAUCUGUGCCGUCCGGACACCAGAAUGUCUGUCGGGCCGCCAGCGCCGAAUCGAGGCUCGACAGUCGAAAACUACAAAGGGACCUGAUGCUGGACGGAGACCAUCAGGCGCGGCUGCUACACCUGACCAGGUCGGUGAACAGCAUCAUCGACGAGUACCUGGGCAACAGGCCGGUGGUGAUGUUCGCAGACGAGGUGCAGCAAAGUGAAUUGGGCCAGCGGCUGUUGACCGACAUGACCCAUCCUAGGUUACUAGUGUCGCAGGCUGACCUCCGGCAGGCUAACGGACUUUUGGUGUACCUCAGGCACUGGGACAGCCCGUCGACCGACUACGAAACGGUGCUGGGGCGGCUACCGUCUAGCGACCAUUCCCGGCACAUGGUGCUGUGGGGUGGAGUGCGCGACGGCUACGCCACUAACGAUGAUCGCGUCGACUUGCACCGGAUCCAGGUGAUGUUCGAGGCGUUCUGGCAAUAUCAGCUCAUCGACGUAGCCGUCCUGGUACCCACGUCUACCGGUAGCAUACGGGUGUACUCGUUCAACCCUUACACAGGAUCUCGGUGCAACAGGGCCGGCCCACCCAUCAUGAUCAAUAUCUGGAGCGGCUGGACAAACACUUUCGUUAAACCCAACAGAGUGUUCGGUCUGGACGAUAAGCUGAAAAACUUGCACAGGUACCUAAGUUGCGACUCACAGAUCAAUAUGAUAUUUUCAAAUUUGUCGUAAAAACAUCGAAACUAUAUUUUUAAUGACAUCUACGCGAUAAUUUGCAUCCUAAAUCUUAAAUGGAUAGGUAGCAGUGGCGUAUACAGAGUGUCACUUGCAGGUGCAAUCUCCUCAUUUUAUUUCAAAAUAAAUGUAUAAGUUAAUAAUUAUUUCAAAAAAAAUUAAGCUUAUACAAUUGAUGGACGUACAAAAAAUGGAUUAUACCUUACAGAUCCUCAAUGUUUAUGCCUAUAAUAUGUAUGUUAUUAUAUAACCUCGGCCGUUAAGAUUUUGAUUACUUUGUCAUUAAAAACAACAGAUAAUAAUUAUUUCGGUAACAAAACACUUCUUUUGAUUAACGACUAUUGCGAUGAAAUUUUAUUACACAGUUGACGAUAUUGAAAUUAGAGGCACGUCCAGAAAGUAAGUGUACCUGAGGCUCUCAUGGGCAUAGAACAUAUUUUGUUUUGCUAUGUUGAUCACACUACCGUGUAGCAUGACUUUAGCUAUAAUACAAGACAAGAAAGAGUUCAGUAAAUUGAAAACUGUCCUGAUAAUAAUUUUUCUCGUGGAACAUGUCGAACACUUCUGCCGCCGAGUGCGAUAUCCGCGCCAUCGUCCGUUACCUCGUUGCGAAGGAUAAAUCUCCACUUGAGAUUUUUAAUGAGAUAACGGUUAGGUUUAUGGUGAUAACAGAAGUGAACCUAGCGGGGGGUUAGGGUUGUCAUAAUAACCCCCCCAAUAAUUGUUUUUUUUUUAACUUUUCAGUUGGCUAUUUUACAUGUAUGAAAAACUAAAUAACUGUACACAAUGGCCAACUGAUAAUUUGUAUAAGAUUGUGAUAGUGAUGUUGACUAGAAUUACCUAGUAUUGGAAAAAUAAGUAUUAAACUGUAAUCAAGGCGUUUCCACCAAAAAUUUGAUUAGCUACCUCUAAGUCUUCUUCCUGUUGGCUUGUAUUUAAUUGCCACCCUAGCUCCAUAAGCUUCUUCUCUUCUCAUCGUGUUCGCCAUCUAUUUAUUUCAUUGUCAAAUACUAGUCCACAUGUUUUCUUUAGCGCUUUAUUUUCAAAACUUUUAAUUUUUUGUUCAGUAUGCACUGUCGUCGGCUAAACUUCCCAUCCUUAGGUUAAUAUUGGUUUUACAAUAGUCAUGUACGGGUACACUUUUGUAUCCCUAGGAAAAAGUUUUGAUUUGAAAUAUUUAUUCAAUACAAAGAAGGCUCUUUCUACUUUGAGUAGACGAUUGGCUAUUUUAGUACUCCAGUCGUUGUUGCUAGUGAUAGAAACUUCUAAAUACUUAAAAAUUUGGAUUUUCUCAAACACGUAGUUAACAACUGUAAAGUUUACUUCGCUACUCUCCGCUAGUGUUUCCAUCACUGUUUCCAUCGUUUUUCCUUCAUUUACUUAUAGCCCGAUCUCCUUUGCUUCACGGAUGAGUGUUUUUGUAUUUUCAACUACCGUGUUUUUAUUUUCUCCCAUCAGGUUCGGAUCAUCUACAAAACCAAGCACAUCCAAUGGGGUUCUGUAUAUAUUGAUUCCGAGCUUAUUACUUAGUACUUUACGAAUCACUUUUUUUAUUGCUAAGUUCAACAGUAAUGGGAAUAGCGCAUCACCUUGUUUGAGUCCGUCAUCACUUCAAAAUCUUCCAGCAGUGUACCGUCUACUCUUACUUGAUAUCUGGUCCUAUUCAUGUAUAUUUUUGUCAGCGAUAUGAGUUUUUCGGGAAAGCUAUAUUUGUACAUUAUAUUAUACAGGCUAUCACGAUGGAUACUAUCGUACGCUUUCUUGAAAUCCACAAACACCUGCCAUACGUUUUGUCUGUACUCAUACUUCUUUUUUUUAGCUUUGUUCCAUUCAUCUAGUAGUUUUUCUUCCUUUUAUAUAUUUUUGCACAACUCAUACAUCGUUUCGUGUAGUUCUUUACCAUCAUAUUUUAUAAGUUCAGUAGGUAUACCAUCUGACCCAAGGGCUUUCCAUUUUUUAAGUCGGUAAAUAGCUCUUUUAGUUUUAUCAAAUGUCAAAUCAUCUAUUUUUUAUUCCGAUCUUUGGUCUUCCUAGGAUGGUAUUAGUGUUUUUGGAACCUUCUCAUAACUUAAUUUAAAUUCAAACUUUAAGUCAAAAAUUUUUUGGGGGUCAAUAAGAACCGUCUCCUCGUGGUGACCCCUUAUAAGCAACUCUAAAUGGUUCUGAAACAAUAUUUGAGAUAGGUAGGGGGGAAAAUAAAUUUUAAAAAAUAAAAUUAAACGAAAAUCGAACCUUUUUCGUUUUGGUGUGAACGAUAAUUGACGAAAAUUUGUUUUAUUAUAUUAAAUUUUGUUUUUUGUUGCGAUUCAGAUAAAAAUGUUCAUAAAGAAUUGUAAUUUGGACAGAAAACUUACAUACUUGUCUUUUCUAGACGUGGCCAUUUAUAAACAUUUUGAUUUUGUGCGUUUUUAUGUAAUUUGUAUUCGGUAGGUACUCUGAAUAAAAUUGUAGACCAAACAGAAACAAAUAUUAUUUACAAAAAAUAUAUAAAGCCUAUUUCAUUAUUUUACUAUAAUAUGGCAUAUAUAAUGUUGACAAAGCAUCACUAUCAACUGAAUUCCGCUCAGAAUCGUUUUUUCGUAAGCAAUGGUUUAUCGUUACCCAUAACAGUGGCUGCACCCGGUCCCCAUCAUCCUAGGACGUCUUUUUUAUAUUUAUUUUGUUAUAAUAUUACCAAGUGGUUAUAUAGGUAGGUUAUAUUAUAAACGCCCAAUGAAGUAAUUUAUAAUAAAAUUAUGCAUCCUGGCACCCACCCCGUCUAAUAAUUAGAUAAUUAUCGAAUACCUGCCGAGAACUUAACAGGCUUAAAAAUUGUUACAGGCUACACGCGUCAUCUCGAUCUGUAUGGCCAAGUUGUUGAUCUAUAAAUACAUUUACCUCCAUUGUUAUAUGUUAAUUUAUUGUGCAUAAUGUAAGUAGGUACCUACUUAUACAAUAACAGCUGAAACUAAAUCGCGUUCAAAACAUUGAAUUAAUAAUAUUAUCAUAAAUUUAAAACUGCUAUAUAGGUACAGGUGUAUGAUGAUGCAGUCGGUACCUAAUCAUUACUCACAUUAUACUAUUACGCAACAGUGCAAUACGAGCUAAAGCAAUAACAAAAAGUCCAUCUAUGUGUACAAUUUUAAUACAAUUUAUAAUAUUUACGGAAUAGGUACAUUCCCUGCACCCAAGAUAUUAAUGCUAACCUGAUACAUUUUAAUUUAUGUACCUAUGUCCGGUUUCACGUCAUUUUGUCCGGUAAAUGAUAUUCGACGACAAUUGAUAAUACAGUUCAAAAAAAAAAAACUUGUACCAAAAAUACCAGGGUAAAAAACGUCCAGUAAAAAAAUAAAAAAAAAAUGUAUAAAAUACAUUCGAUAAUUUUUCAUCCAAAGUGUUAGUUAUGCUUAUGAUAUAAGUGUAUCACUCAGAUGACUUUACAAUGGGCUAUUAACAAACAUGUACCUAGGGAUAUUAUUGGGCUUAAUCUGGCCCUGAUGGCUGAUUGUAACUUACGUAUUUACAUUAGUUAUACACGUUGGAGUACGGUUAGGUCCUAGGUGUUGUAAUCCAAUCCUGCACUAAAAUCAAAAAAACGGAUAUUAUGUUAUCUUCGUCACAAUAAUAAUUUUCGUAUGAUAAAUCGUCGAUAGUUGAUUAAAUCCGUUUGUUGGUGGUAUUUCCAUAGAAUUUUACUCUAUGAGUAUUUCUGUCCGUUUUCGUAAUCUUUUACGGACCAUCAGAAAACUAUAAAUGGUAAUCCGAAAAAAAAGUAUUUUCCUUAUAUUCACGACUAAAGUCAGUACUUAUCGGUUAUAUAAUAUUUAUAAUCGCCGACAGUCGUUAGUUUAUGGUAUAUUUGUACAAAUCAUAUUGAAAUAAACAAGAUUCAUUUGUGUUAAAAUAUCUAAUUUUUUAUAAUUUUUUUUUUCUUAAAGUCGUUUAUUUAGUGGUACAUUAAGUAAAUGUGAAAAUGAAUGAAUAUAAAAUGAGGCGGUGAAAAUAAAACAAUGAAUAGGAGUUUCACAUUAGAAACUCUUGAAAUUUCUACAUUUAAAACUAAAAACACGUUAUAAAACUUCGGACACACAUUUAUAAUUCAAGGGACGUAGUAUUUUAGAUCCUACUUUGGGGAUUUAUAUGCAUGGAUUUUUUUUCCGGGAUCCCUAUAAAUACCCAAUUUAAAAAGUACCAGAAUAUUUUUGAAUAUUUAAAAUGUACGAUAUCUAAAGAUUACUAAUUUAUAUAUUUAGCAGUGGCGGCUCAUGGUGUUAAAAGUAGAUGGUGCACAAAAUAAUAAUUAACAAAUAUUAACACAUGUAACAUGUGUUUACUGUUUUAAAUUAAUAUACCGUAUUAAUAUGUAAACCAUUUAUAAUAACUUAAUUAUAAUUUAAAUUUAAAUUUUUAGUUAAUUUGUUAUGUAUGUAAAGUCGAGUCUUCUCUCUUUAGAUUCAACAAAAACGUCUAUAACUUUAUUAUUAAAAUCAGAAACAUUCAAAAUGAAGUUUUUUCGAAUGAUAAUAUCGCUAAACUCGUUAAUUUGUCUUGUUCCAUGGUAUUGAGUAAAAAUGUUUUUAUUCUUUUUAACGUUUAAAAAUACUUUUUAGAUUUCGCCGUAGACGAAAGUAUUGUUAUUAUUAUUUUUAAUAGUUUCACACACUCAUCGAAUGUAUGAGUAAGGUUUUCAAAUUUUAAGUACGCUAGUAAGGGAACAGUUUCAAAUAUAUUUCUAAACUCAGAGCUGCUAUAAAUUAUUUGUAGUUCAGUUUUCAGUUUUUUUUCGUCAAAAUAUGGAUAAACAAUUGUUGGUUGUUUAAAAUAUUUUUCGAAAUGCUCAAUCAAAAAUAAAUUUGAUGCUGAGAUGACCAGUAAAAUCAAUCGUUCUUUUGCUUGAGAUAUAAUGACGUCAAAUACUUUUUUUGAUUCUCGUUCAAGUUCAUCCUCUUUCUUGGUUUGGUUUGCUUAUUAAAACUUUGUAUAUAAAUAUCUUCACAUAUUUUAUCUAUUUCAUUUUUUAUAUUUGAAAUUAUUUUAGUAAAAUUAUCUAACCGAAAAAUGUUUUAAAAAAGUGGGCUGGUGAAAAGUUCUACACACCACCAACCUCGUUUACUAUAUUAACUCCAAUAGAACACUCUUAAUUAAUAUUCCAUGUAUAGGUACCGAUUCGAUAAAAAUAUGGCUCGGAUACCCAUCUUGAAUUCACCAGCAUCCACCCAUUAAAAAAAGUUGGCGAUCGCCAUCCUUGGCUGCUGGUUUCGGCGUCACUGUAUGUUUACUUAUUAAAAUGAUUUGAUUUAUGUGAAAUAACUCGAUAAGAUCAAUUUAUAUUGUAAGUACUUAUACAGUGAAACUUCUGAAUAGCGGACACUCUCGGUCACCGAAAUUUUGUCCGUUAUUCAGAGGGGAUACAUUAUUGAAAUUAAUUUGUAUAAUAAUGUACUUUGUAUGUAGGUAUGUAUGUAUGUAUGUUAUUACUUAUUAUUUAUUGUAAAUUAUUAUUAUAUAUAUCUAUAUUAUUAUUUUUAUAUUUUUACAAAUUAUUAUUUAAAGUACAUUUGUACAAUCAAAAUCAAAAAAUAUGUACAUGUAUUUUUAAAUUAUUUUUGUUUGAAAAAAUCUGUGAGCUUUGUUUAUAAUUACACCGUAUAUGUGCAAUCUCAGUAGUAAUAUCAUUCGCUAAUGUUACAGCAGAAGUAAAAAUAGAACUGCUCUUUACCUCUAUUGAUGAAAUAAAAUGACUUACGCUCUUUACAGCAGACAAAGCAUCCUGUAAACUAAUAACAUGAUAUUUUGAAGUUUCUGCUUCUUCAGUCUUUCGUUUUAACGUAAUCAUCGCGUACUUAACCGUCACUAACUGACAUACUUUUGUCAUAACACAUAACCGUUUCACCGAUAACCGAAUUUGUCUAAUUUUGUCGUCCUGAUAAAAACGAGUUUGUUAUCGUAAUUAAAUUAUUACGAGAUUAUUACAUACGAAUGUGAAUACGUAUUAUUUUCAAAUAAAGAUUAAAAUAAUGUCCGUUAAUCGGAGGUUUUCCCAUUGAAAAGUAAUGAAAAUGUCCCCGUUCCCCAAAAAACGUCCGCUAUCGAGAGAUGUCCGCUAUUGGGAGGUGUCCAUUAGUGGAGGUUUCACUGUAUUUCUGUUUUAUCAAAUAGGCGCAUACAAAUAAAAAUAAGAAUAGAUCCUAAGAAGUUAAAUUAAAUUCAUGGUGUAUUUUAUUUUAUAGAUGUCCUUUGAAAUGCUUAGGCAUACACAGGCCUCCCGUGUUGACGGUAGUACAAACGAAAACCAGUUUUGAGCUAUCAGGAUCUGGAUUGCGCAUCAUCGACUUUAUGCAGCAAUACAUGAAUUUCACUGGUAUUGUAAGUAUAGCUUAUGGUCAUGUAGGGGUACAUUUUAUACCAGAAACAGCUAUACCCGACAAUGACAGUUCACCAGUAGGUGGAAAGGUUAAAAACAGAAAAGUAGAUUUGGCAUUUGGUCGGUUCACAAGAAUUUUUGACAGCGAGUCUGAUGUAGAGUUCAUAAAAGAAGAUCAAAUGGAUUGUUUUACAUGGGGUUUACCCAGUGGCAUUGGACACGAUCCAACAUUAUGGAUUAAUUAUAUAGCAGAAUUUUCUCUAGUCACAUGGAUAUUUAUCAUGCUUAGCAUCAUCUUAGCGUUUAUUGUUGUUGUUAUUCUUUCACAGUUGUCAUUUCAAAAUUCAAUUCAAUGGAGUCCACUGUUUGUUUUAUUUUAUACAUAUGGCACAUUUAUCGGGGCUCCCAUUCAAAUUACUCCAAAAUCGUACACACUACAAGUAUUUCUGACCAACUGGCUUUUGUACAGUAUGGUAGUGACGAAUGCAUACCAAGCAUAUUUAGGCAGUCUAAUAACUAUACCACAGACAACACCAGAAAUUAAUGAUCAACAUACACUGUUAAAAACAAAUUUGAAUUUAGUGGGUCGACAACAAAUGUACUAUUUGAUCAACUCUUCUGCAGGUUCCAGUAGCGAUUUCAGAGCAUUGGUUGAUCGUUAUCAAAUAUUACCCCCUGAAGACUUUGGCUAUAUCAUUCAGAGAAUAUUAAUGAAAAGAGACACAGCUGUUUUAGCAGCUAAACGUGAAUUGAUAUUUUAUGCACAAGGAUAUACAAAAAAAUUCAAUAACUCAAAACACCUGCAUAUCUUGCCAAAGUGCAUGAUUGAAUCAUAUUCAUCAACUUUCAUGCUUAGAAAAGGAUCUCCGUUUCGCCAUAGAAUUAGCACCAUUAUGUCAAGACUUUCAGAAACAGGUAUUAUGCAGCAAUGGGACCGAACCAAUGUCAAAGAAGAAAUGGUACAUGGAAUUGUAUUUACCGAAGACACAAUUCUUUCAAUAUCUCAAUUUUAUGGAGCAUUUAUAAUUUUAUUUUUUGGAUUGUUUUUAGGCUUCUGCACGUUUGUUGGUGAAAUUUUUGUAUUCCUUAUGAACACAUAUAAUAGGAAACAAAUGAAGAGACUACAAUUUUUAAACUAA